AGGGGGAGGGGGUUCGGAGCGCCCAGCCCCCCGCAGCCCUGACUCCGCCCCUUUCGCCCUACUCCUUGCACACUCCUCCCUCCCAUCCACCUCCUCUCCUUCCCUCCUCCUCUCCAUCCCUCCUCCCUCCUCCAUCCUUCUCCAUCCUCCCUCCUUCACCCCCCUCCUCCCCGGCGGCGCAUCUGUCUGGGCGUCCCUCCCUCCCCCGGUGCAGCCCCCGGCGGCGGUGGCGGUGGCGGCGCUGUCCGCUGCGGCUCGACUCGGUGGGAAGACAGGCUUGGCCGCCCCUCUCCCGAGGGGAAGGGAGGUAGAGGCAGGAACAGCGGCCGGGGACCCGGGGAGGGCAGGGCAGGCGCAGGUACCGACCCCUAGCGCGGACCGACAGACCCCAAGCCUGGGGGCGUUUGGGCCCCCAGCAGGGUCCCACCUCGGCCGGCCCCGGAGGAGGGUCUCUCCCCUACAGCUGGCCUGAUGCCCUAUACCUGCCUGGCCCUUCCUGGUGGGGCUCCCCAGCCUCCGGCCAUGAACUUGCCCUGAGCCAGCCCCGCCCCUCGGGCUGACGGGGCGGGGCUGCUGGGCAGAGGGGCCCCCCUGUGAGGGUCGGGGUCAUGGCCUCUCUAGACCUGCCUUACCGUUGCCCCCGCUGUGGGGAGCACAAGCGUUUUCGGAGUCUGUCCUCCCUGAGAGCCCACCUAGAGUACAGCCACACCUACGAGACCCUCUACAUCCUCUCUAAGACCAACAGCAUCUGUGACGCAGCUGCUGCUGCGGCCGCUGCAGUCUUCCCCCUGGCACCCGAUCCCACCGCCAUGUUGGCCGUGCCUGGUGCCCGCCGGGAUGUCUUUGAGAGCACAUCCUUCCAAGGCAAAGAGCAGGGGGUGGGACCCCCAGCCCAAGCUGCCCACCACCUGCACCACCACCACCACCACCCCCCUCUCGCUCGAUUCCCCGGAGACUUGGUCCCUGCAGGAGUCUCCUGUGAGGACCUGGGCGAGCCUAGCCUUGUGCCCACCACGACCCGCUAUGCCCUGCGGGAGAUCGAGAUCCCACUGGGUGAACUGUUUGCCCGGAAAUCGGUGGCCUCUUCGGCAUCAUCCACGCCACCCCCUGGCCCAGGCCCCGGCCCCAGCCAGGCCUCUGCCUCCCCAGCCUCUCCAUCCCCAGCGGACAUGGCCUAUGAAGAAGGCCUGGCCCGGCUCAAGAUCCGGGCCCUGGAGAAACUGGAAGUGGACAAAAGACUGGAGCGUCUGAGCGAGGAGGUUGAGCAAAAGAUCGCGGGGCAGGUGGGCCGGCUACAGGCCGAGCUGGAGCGGAAGGCGGCCGAGCUGGAGAAGGCCAGGCAGGAGAGUGCCCGGCUUGGCCGGGAGAAGGAGGAGCUGGAGGAGCGUGCCACCGAGCUCUCCCGCCAGGUGGACGUCAGCGUGGAGCUGCUGGCCUCGCUGAAGCAGGACCUGGUGCGCAAGGAGCAGGAGCUGACCAGGAAGCAGCAGGAGGUGGUUCAAAUUGACCAGUUCCUGAAGGAGACGGCCGCCCGGGAGGCCAACGCCAAGGUGCGCCUGCAGCAGUUCAUCGAGGAGCUCCUGGACAGAGCGGACCGAGCCGAGAAGCAGCUGCAGAUCAUCAGCAGCAGCUGUGGCACCACGCCCAACGCCAGCCUGGGCCGCAGCAGCGUGCCUGGGACCAAGGGCGCCAGCAGAAUGCGGGACCGGCACUCAGGUCCCAUCAUGCACAACACAUACGCCGUGUCUAACCACCGCUCCUCCUCCAGCACAGGGGCCUCCAGCCGUGCAAAGGCUGUGUCCCAGAGCUCCGGCUGCUACGACAGUGACACGGCAGACCCGUACCCCUCGGAGGAGGCGGCCAUCGGGGACAGCGGGGCUGGAGGACCCGGGGCCCGGGCUGAGGGGGGAGGGGGCUUUGAGAGGCCCCAGGUACCCCGCAGCUCAGGCCUGAGGCGCCAGGCCAUCCAGAACUGGCAGAGGAGGCCUCGCCGGCACAGCACAGAGGGUGAAGAGGGAGACGUCUCUGACGUGGGCUCCCGGACCACAGAGUCUGAAGCCGAAGGGCCCUCCGAAGCCUCGGCCUCUGGACCCACGCCACCCCGAGCCCUGAGCAGCUGCCGUCUGUCGGGUCCUCCAGCCCGCUCUGAAGGGGGCAGCGGGCGGGGCCGGCAGGCUGAUGGUGGCAGCCCUUCACGCUCCAACGAAGUCAUCAGCCCAGAAAUUCUGAAGAUGCGCGCAGCCCUCUUCUGCAUCUUCACCUACCUGGACACCCGGACCCUCCUGCAUGCUGCUGAGGUCUGCAAGGACUGGAGGUUUGUGGCCCGGCAUCCCGCUGUCUGGACCCGUGUGCUGCUAGAGAAUGCCCGCGUCUGUUCCAAGUUCCUGGCGAUGCUGUCCCAGUGGUGCACUCAGACACAUUCACUGACUCUGCAGAACCUGAAGCCCAGGCAGCGGGGAAAGAAGGAGGGCAAGGAGGAAUACCUGAGGAGCACGAGGGGGUGCCUGGAAGCCGGCCUAGAGUCUUUACUGAAAGCUGCCGGCGGGAACCUGCUGAUUCUGCGCAUCUCCCACUGCCCCAAUGUCCUCACGGACCGCUCCCUCUGGCUAGCCAGUUGCUACUGCCGGGCCCUGCAAGCUGUCACCUACAGGAGUGCCACAGAUCCCGUAGGCCAUGAAGUCAUUUGGGCCCUGGGGGCCGGCUGCAGGGAGAUCAUUUCUCUCCAGGUGGCCCCUCUUCACCCCUGCCAGCAGCCCACACGCUUCAGUAACCGGUGCCUGCAGAUGAUAGGACGGUGUUGGCCCCACCUAAGGGCCCUGGGUGUGGGAGGAGCCGGCUGUGGUGUGCAGGGCCUGGCAUCACUUGCUCGGAACUGCAUGAGGCUUCAGGUGCUGGAGCUGGACCACGUGGCAGAGAUAACCCAGGAGGUGGCCGCUGAGGUCUGCAGAGAGGGGCUGAAAGGCCUGGAGAUGCUGGUGCUCACAGCUACCCCAGUCACCCCGAAGGCCCUGCUGCAUUUCAACAGUGUUUGCCGGAACCUCAAGUCCAUUGUAGUACAGAUUGGGAUUGUGGAUUACUUCAAAGAACCUGGGAGCCCAGAAGCCCGGAAGCUGUUUGAGGAAAUGGUGACCAAGCUCCAGGCACUGAGACGACGGCCAGGAUUCUCCAAGAUCUUACACAUCAAGGUGGAAAGCGGAUGCUAACCCCGGGCAGGGGGGUGCCAAUGGGCGCCCCUCACCCACCACCUCCACCCGGAGGCUCUGGAGCAAACCCAGGCCUCCCUCAGGCGACAUCUUUGGACACCCCCACCCAAGGGAGGCAGGUUUGGACUUGACUUCGACGGGCCAAUUAGCAGAUGCUGGUCUUGGGACCAGAGAGACCUGGGUGCCCUCCUGAGGCCUUCUGUCUGAGCUCUGGGUCAGCCACAUGGAAUACCAUCUGCUGUGGAGUCGAUGGCUGGGGGCCCUCUUCUCCUUCCUUGAGACCCAGGAGCUGGGUGCCCCUUUGCCUAAGCCCCCACCCCAGGGCUGCCUCCCCCACAAGGGCUCUUGGACUGAAGCUACCAUCUCCUCUUGGGCCCCUGAUGAUAACCUGGGGCAACGUGCCCAGCUGACCCAAGCAACCCCAUGAGAACAGGGGCUGAUCCUAGGCCCCACAGGGGACAAGAAGCUCCAGUAACCAGCAGACAAAGGCGCUGACUCCCUAGCCCCUGGCCUGGCCCCUUCCUUCAGGGGGUCCUGCAAUAAAUCCCAACUGCCUCCCUAGACCCUUGGUCUCUGAGCCCCACUACCCAGGGCUGCCUCCCAUAGCAGAUCUAGCAAGGCUAUGGGCCACGAGGCACCCCUUCAUCCUCCCAUCCCCAAUUGGGGGAGGGUGCCAACACCAACCUCAGUCCCAGUGGUGCAUCAGGGGAGCAACCCAGCAGGACCCUGGGUCCCUGUCUGCCACCGGCCUCCAUGGAAACUACAGGUGGGCCUGGGUGGGGUGAGAUACGCUGGGACCCACGGCAGCUCUCUUUGGGGGAGGGGGGGAGAAAAAGAGUUCAACAUCUUAGGCCAGACCCCAAGCCCUCUCUCCCCGACCUUGGGGAACCUGGCCACCUCUCCAGACUCCAGGGGACAACACCAACGGCCCCCUGUGUUCCCCUGCCAGGGCUGUCUCCAGCCAGUCUGGGCAUCUCCGGGCAGAGAAGACAGAGUUAGUAUUUAUUUCUGUAAGAAAAGACGAUCCAGAGAUUUUAAAGCAGAGUUAUAUAAUGUGCAUGUUUCUGAGCUCUCCACUCUAGCCCUUGCUCUUGACCUUGACCUGAGCCCCCCAACACACACAACCCCACCCCAAGCCUCUGCCUGAGGGGAAGCCCAGGGGUCUACAGUAAGGAGGUCCUAGGCAGGGAGCCGCGGAGGCCUUGUUUGGUCCAGCCACUUUGUGCCCUGAGGGCCACCAGCCCUGGCAGAGAGGGAGCUGAAGGAAAAGCAGGCCUGGGAUGGGGGGGGGGGCGUCUAUAACAAAUUGGAUGUUUUAGGACAUUGGCAUAUGGUCGAGGCAGAGGAGGCAGUGCGUAGGCUCACCCCAGGGUCUGGAAUGAGGCUUCCCUAAGAAGUCACUUCUGAUUGACUUGGGUCUGGGACCUCUCACCCGGGACCCCCUGUUGGGGGCUCCCUGUCAGGGAAUCUGGCUCUGAAUCUAGGCUGGGGAGAAGUCUGCUGACCCCUGUGUUUUCUCUGUCUCUGUCUCUCUUUGUCUCUCUCUGUGUCUGUGUGUCUGUCUUUGUCUCCAGCUGUCUGUGUGACUCCAUCUCUCCCUCUCCCUCUCUCUCACUCCUCAUUCUUAUUCUGGCUCACAGAGAGGCCAGGCCCCAUAAACCAGGCACACUUGUUCCUCAGAGCAGUAGGAAGAAAUCCAAAUUUGGAGCCAGGGGACUCUGCCAAUGACCAGCUGUGUGACCUUGGGCAACUCUCUUCCCCUCCUUGGGUCUCAGUUUCCCCACCUAUCAGUGAAAGGGGUAGCAGCUUCAGAAAAAUGAAUCUGUAUGAUUCUCAUGGUGUCCUUCACAGAGCUCAGGGGAGCAGGGUGGCGGAGGGGGAGGGGGCCUUCAUGUGCUAAGUUCCUCUAGCUUCCUAAGCUGGGUCCUUGCCUCCUAUCCCGUGUUUCCCCCUCUGCUGACUGGGCCGUCUCAGCCCCGCACACCUGACUGCUCAGUUUAAAGACAUCCCUGAUGGUUCUGGUCUUGCCCCUGCUCCAUCCUCUUCUGGGGCCUAAUGCCCGGCCAAGGCUCAGCUGCCCCAGCAACCUGGUGGGAUAUCCCCCAAAGGCAGCCGUCAGCAUAGGGCUCUCCCACCCUCAGGCUCACUCGGUGGUCCUGCCUCACUCCAUCUCUCGAUGUCUCUCUGUCUGACUCCUCUCCUCUUUGUCACCCCCCCCCCUCAGGAGCCUGGGGGCUAGAGGAUUUCUGUGGUACUUCACCUACGCCUUUCAGAGGGAGAAGAGCCCCCAGCCCCACGACCUUCUCUCCAGGGCAACCCUCCCCUCCCACCUCUACCCCAACCCUUUCCAAGGAGGGAAGGGCAGGGAGAGGAGACUGCAAUGAGAAAGUACAAGGCUCUUCUAACUAUCCCCCCUCCACCUGGUGCCUGAUGUCACCACCAGCCUUGGGUGGGUGGCCACUCCUCGGGCCCUCCACAGCCCUCUUUGCCAAGGGGUGCCCAGGAGGAAAGACUGGUCAUCUCUAGAACCGAAUCUCCACCUAAGAUAGCAGCAGCAAGAGCUGCUUUGACAGCUGGACUCAGGCAGAGGACAUAGGGAUAAGUGCCCCCUCUGCCCUCUGCUAGAUGUGUGACCUCACGAGUCAUUUCCCUUCUCUAAGACUCCAUUUCCUCAUCUGUAAAGUGAAGGAGGUUGAACCAGGUGGCCGCUAAGGGCCCUUCCUACUCUAAAUCGGAGACACUAUGACCCUUCCUCCCUGGUCCCUGGGAAAAAGCACAAGGGGGUCCUCUCCUGGCUCAGGGACAUCUGGCUCCUCCCCACAGCCCAUCGCCCAUAUGGCUCCCAGGCCCCGGCCAGAGACCCUUGCUCCCGCAGCCUCCCUCCUGCCUUCUGACGGCAGGGCCCAGUAAGAGCAGGAGGGGUGUGUGUGUGUGUACACAGUACUUGAAGGCAGAAGAACACUGCAGGCAGGCGUCUGGUUCUCUGUCCUUCCUGACAUGGUCACCAAGCUUGGGGCAGGAUGGGGCCAGGCCCCUGAGGAGGGUGGAUUGACUUCCUUCUCCUGCCCUCUCCAGUCCUCCCUUCCGUCGGGGCUCUGUGUGUGUGUGUGUGUGUGUGUGUGUGUGUGUGUGUGUGUGUGUGUGUCCAUUACACUGAUUCAUCUGGGGGUCACAAGUACAUGGUCCCGGAGUCACCAGGUUUCCUUCCUGGCCUCGCCGUUGCUUCUGGCCUCAGUUUCUUCAUCUGUAAAAUGAGGGGGUUGGUGGGACAGGGAACACCUAAAGUCUCCUCCAGAAGCACGGUCCUGUGGCAAGGACAGUGGUGUGCCUUCCCCAGGCGUGGUGGCUUCUCUCUGUCCCCUUGUAACUGUCCCUUUGCUUCUCACUGCCAGGUGGCUCCAGUCUUGCCCAUACCCAGGCAUGGGUGGCAUCAAUGCCCGGGAGGAAACCCAAGCUUCAGCUAAAGUCCCUCAAAGAGAGAGAGAGACACACACACACACCCUCAUACAUACAUACAUACAUACACACACACCCCCUCAUACACACACACACACACACACACACACACACACACACACACACACACACACACACACACACUACUGGUUUUUCUGACACUUCCAGGGCCUGGGGACUGAAUGUAUUCUUGGUCCUUCUGAAGCUUUUGGGGAGGAAGGGGGAGUGAGGGUCACAGUCCACUCUCCCCCGACCCCAAUAGAAGGAUGCUUGCUACCUGAUGGGGGAGGAGGAGGAGACGAUUCCUCACCAACACAGAUCCGGGUCUGGGCGGGGUUUUGUUGGUUUUGCCUUUGUUUGACAAUCAGUUGGAGCUUAGGACGGUGACCAUUGAGUUCAGUGAGUUGGGUCCUCAGCCCUGACCUCCUAUUCCCAUCAUCCUCAGGAGCCAGGGUUAUUGGAGUGGGGCAGCUCCAAGCUCUGCACUUGGAGGCCCCCCUGGUCAGCAGUCCCUCCCCCAGGCCAGGGUCUUAGGGUGUCUGCCUGAAGCACUUUAUUUUGGCCCUCAGAGCUACCUUUCCAGAAGUGUGAUGCUGAGAUGGGGGAGGGAGGUGAGAGAGGGCCCCGUGUCAGGGGCCAAACGGGCAUCCCAACUCAUCCCGAUGACAAUGAACUCAGGCCUGAGUGGGGCAGAUGCCAGAUCUGGUGGGCAUCUGGAUAACCUCUAGCUUUGCCCCCCUUCCCCAAUAUAGUUCACUUGAACUCCUUAGCAAACAAUUGUGGGGAAGGGAAUCCAGCCCCUCUCCCCCAGUUUUGGGCUCCCCCAGUGGCCUCACUUCUCCCUUAUUGGAGCAGAGAGACAGCUGCAUUAGCCUCUGCGGAGGGCCCCACCUGAACACAGACCCAAGGAACUGAUGGGCCCCAGGGACUCUACAGACUGCCAGGGUAUGCCGAGCCCAGCCUGGCGAUUGGUGCCAUCAGGCAGGCCGGUAUAUUGUAACUAGAAAUGAGGGGCGCCUCCCUAAGCCAAGGUGUCCCCCACCCACCAUGGCGUGCCAACCGCCUAGGAGGCACUGUGCAAACACUAGCUCACCGCCCACCCUGCCGCAGCCCAGGGCCGACACUGAUCUCUAGAUUUCUACAUGGAGUGUGUAUAUAGUAUUUAUUAGGGAUGGACAUAUUGAUUCUGUUCUUGGUCCCAGUCCCACCCCCAGGCAAGGAGGGAGGGGAAGCUCAGAGCUAAGUGAGUUCCUGGGGCUAAAACUGAAAACCCUCUUCCCCCACUGGCUGGGCCCCAGCCCACCUUGGUCCCUCCCACUAGGGCCUCUGACAAUCAGGCCAGAUCUCCCCGCCCCCCAGCCGUCCCAAACAAAGAUAGCACAGGGUUGCAGAACCCCACCCCCCACCCAGGUGAGCCUGACCACAGAAGGUUCCCAGGCACCAGGCAGGAGCCAUGGUCUUGGGGGUCUCCCUUUUGUUUCGCCCCCUGCCCUGGGGGCUCUGCUCCUGCAUCACCCAUAGAUGCACUUUGGUGUUGUUGCUUUGCCGAAUGUAUUCUGAGCGUGUACGUUAUUUAUGAGGACCUCAUUCGGGCAGCCCCGUUGAUGGCUGGGCGUCCAAUAAAGAUUCUGAAAACCGA